AUGUCGCUCAUCAGGACGAAUGUCCUCAGAAACGGACAAUGGGUCCUUGAGAUGGUCAACUCCCAUGAUGCCCUCGACACAUCAGCUGAGCCUUGCCGACCAGAGUCCAUAAAAACUUCAACACAAUCUCGAUGCGGUCUCCUGUCCACGACGGUAUUCGACAGCCCCAAUGUCAACAAGAUUCUCCCAGUGCGCCUGAGAUCAAACAAGCACAAUGAUAUUGCAUUCAUCGGCGAUCACCAAAUCGUCAUCUGUGAGCUUCAAGAUGCCAGCCUCACUCGAGAGAUCUGCAGAUACAGCAACCCGUACACUCGGAUCAGAAAUGCGGCAGUACUAGGUGCCUACGAUGAGAGAGCAGACGAAGAACGUGCCGCGGUUUCGAGCAGCAUUGAAGAGAUUCUAGGCCGCGAUGCCACUAGCCAAUGUCUGCCACCACAAUUGCUUGUGCUUACGUUUGCCACCGGUCAAGUUUGUUUGGCGAUGAUAGAACACGGCCGGAAGGAGCUCUCGGUGUGCGAGAUCGAACUUCCCCUUGACCACACGAGUGAUCCUUACUUUGGCCACUACCUAUCGGUCGAUCCCCGCUCAGAGUACAUCGCCUUGUCAUCCUUCCAGGGACCCCUUAUUGUUCUCAAAGUCAACCCUUGGUCAGUGAUGAACAACGAGUACUCAAAAACCGGCCAUCUAUCCCACGCUGUGGAUGGCGUGGUCAUGCAGCCACUUCACACUGUAUUGGAUUUGCAGUUCCUCCACCCUCCGAAACCACACGGCACACAGACGAUUCUGCUCGCUAUUGUGAGCCAUCGAGGGCGAGAUGUGAAACACCGACCAAAGUUCAUGACCUGGGAUUGGGAUGGCGCGACCGAAUAUGUCAGGGUGUUCAGCGACCCACAGAACCUAAUCCCACGAGCCCAGAUGCUCAAGGGACCACAAGGUGAAAUACCUCUCAUGGUCAUACCACUAUUAUGGGGCCAUGUCUUCUGCGCUCUGUAUCAGGACUACCUCGUCCUAGUGCAAGGGCCGUCACCCAGCGCCUCUAUGGAGCUCCUCGACUUCCCACCGCAUGCACCGUCAGAUUGCCAUCACGGGAAGAACCGCCCUUUGUGGACGGACUGGUCUCGUCCAUUCCGCAGGAAGGAAUACCUGGAAAACUCUUCGAUAGAUGUCAUACACCUUCUGAGAGAGGAUGGUCUUUUGUUGCAGAUGGAGGUUGACAUAAGGGAGUCGCCCAUGUUACCCGUCUUCCACAUUGAAGAAUUUCUCGGUGUGAGCGCGCGCUGCCUGUGCUCUGACGUAGUGUAUGGAAAUUCCGACCUCUUGUUCAUCGGGGGGGAGUCAGGCCAGGGCGGGAUAUGGGAGAUUAAGCCGCGGGGAGCUCCCGAGCUGAAGUCACGUCUUCCCAGCUGGACGCCCGUCGUUGACGUGACCAGCACGACUUUGGCGACGAAAUGGGAUGCACAUAACACUUCGACACCCAACUCAUCCCAGAAGCAGAUCAAGGACAGAUUGUUCUUUGCAUCCGGGCGAGGCAAAGAUGGUUACAACGGUGUCUGGGCGCUUGCGGCUCUCCCCGACUCGACGAAGCUGCUCUAUAUUCCUGAUCAGUACGACGAGAUUCUGGAUGAGACAGGCAGCGGUGCCUCCUUUGACUGUUCCUCGCGCACAUUUUGCGCUGGUCAGCUACCGUCAGGGAUGAUUGUUCAAAUCUCUGAAGGCUUUGUGUCACUUGUCACUGGCUCUCAGAGUUCCAAACAUGCUUUCAAGGACGUUCUCAAAGCCCCACACGUGGUGGCUCAGAAUGGAUGCUUCAUGACCGAUCUUGUGGCCGUUUCAGCACAAGAUGAAGACGGAACAGCUUUGCACAUUCUGCAGAUUGACCAAAUGCACGUCGCUCACAAGUCUUCGUGGCGCGUUGGAGGCGAUGGGGAGCUUGCAAAGGAGCAGACAAUCGAAAAUGGUCAUGAAAGUCUGGAGUCUUUGACGAGCAUCGAAUGGCAACGGGGAAUCUCCUUCAUAGCCUGCGAGGACAGGCUGGUGCGACUGAGCACGACCUCCGAGCCGGAUGAGAUCGGUCACUGCAAAGACAUUGUAUGGCCGACGAACGCGGGAGACCUGUCUCUGGCUGCUCCGCCGGUGCACUCCGUCGCCGUUGCUUUUCCUCCGAUGACGCCUGCGUCGCCGUUGUUUCUUCUUGCUGGAGGCACGAAGCUAUAUCUCGCUGACAUGGAGUCCCAUGCGGCGCCUGUGCCGCGUGUCAUCCCGCUUUCUCAUACGCCAACUCGCAUCAUAUACUCUCAUAGUUGGAACUGCCUCGUCGUUGCUCUGCAGACAAACGAAGGAAUCGAUUUGGCGCUGGUCGAUCCCGAUACGGGGCUUCCCAUAUCAAAGCCUAUUGGGCCUGACAAGGAAGAAGGGACCCUCUCCUCAUUUGAUCAGCCAGGAGACAAGAUCCUCUCACUGACCGAGUGGGUGUAUGAGAAAGACGGGCAGGUAUUUCCCUACAUUGCAGUGGGAACGGCGUAUGCACGCGUUGCCAUUGUUCAUGCCUCGGUGGUCCAGUGA